AUGGCUCCCGCAAUUGACCCCCCGCAAACCGUCGAAUGGCAGGGCAAGAGAGUCCCCGUCUGGUCGAUGCAGACAAUCGACUAUGGAAUGCUGCUCUCACAGGAUCCCGCUGAAGUGGACAAGGUGCUCAAGGCGUGUCUUGAGGAGGGGUACUUCUACCUCGACCUUCAGAGCAUCGACGGCCGCCGAAUGCUCGCUGACCAGCAGGAGACUCUGAAGCUCAUGCACCGCUUCUUCGAGGCGCCGAUUGAGGAAAAGAAUGAAUUCGGGCUGAUUUCCUCGCAUCUUGGCUAUGAGCCGGUGGGCAGCCGCACGGGUGCCUUUGGCGCCGGCACUAAAGACGGAUAUGAGAUGCUGAAGGUGUCGAGAGAUGAAAUUCAGAGGGGUAGUCCCAAGGUGCCGGCCCCGAUCAAGAACAGCGGCGAUUUGCAGGUGUUGGAGAAUGCCAUCGGCAGCUGCAACACUAUUACCAAGGUCAUUCUCUCGGCUCUCUCCACCGGUAUGAACCUGACUGGAGCCUCGCGCUUUGAGAACUCUCACCGCAAUGACCGCCCGUCGACCACCACACUAUCCAUGAUGCACUACCUCCCUUCGGAUGUGACUGGCAACAAGAAAAUCGGCCACCAGAAACACACCGACAUCAGCUCUCUGACACUGCUCUUCAGCGAGCAGUGGGGCCUCCAGAUCCGCCCCCCAGGCACGUGCGGUGCCCGCGAGAUGGGCUUCGUUGCCCCGAAGCCGGGCUGCGCUUUCGUCCACGUUGGCGACUCCCUGCGUUUCGCGAGUGGAAUGAAGAUGCAAUCGUGCAUUCACCGCGUCGUGCCAUUUAACCCGUCCGAGCACCGCUACUCGAUCGCCUACUUCCUCAGGGCCGAGGACGACACCAUGUUCAUGGACAGCGAGGGCCGGUACGUGACAGCCGGGCAGUGGCACGACGAGAAGUUCAAGGCGUUCACCGACCCGUGGCAGUGGCAGGCUAUGGCGCCCAAGUCGAUGAUUCUGGGAGGCAUGAAGGAGGCCGGAGAGGAUGACCCUACGGGUGAGCCUGCUUUUGUGUCGGCCCCUGCCGUGUCGAAGGAGGAAGUCAAGGAGAUCGCCGUCCAGGCGUAA